ACGGUUAUGUUUGAAGGUCUGUGGGUUCGUAACUUGGAAUCCAGUCUAGUUGUGGCAUGGCCAACCGUAGUUAGUGUAGGCUCUUUACGGGGCCAGUGAAGCUCUGAGCCGCUCAUGUAAUCAUUCACACCCGGUAGCAUUUUCCCGGUAGGACUUUGCCCAGUGGGAGUUAAUUAAUAGGAUAGCACAUUUAACUCCCACCGUGCAAAACUCCUACCGGGUGUGAAAGAUUACCCAGGCGGCGGAAAGACCCUCCUGUCCCGACGGUAGCCUGGCCAAUCCACGGUAGACUGGAUUCCAGAUUGUCGAACAUGCUGUCAGGCAAGGUAGCAGUGGUGACAGGAGCCACCAGGGGAAUAGGGAAGGGCAUUGCACUGCAGCUGGGGGAGGCAGGAGCAACAGUCUACAUUACAGGCAGAAAGGGGACGUCACUGAUUGAAUGUGCAGAAGAGAUCGAGAAACGCGGAGGAAAGUGCAUCCCUGUGCAGUGUGACCAUGAGAAGGACGAUAACAUCAAGGCGCUGUUUGAUCGGAUUGAGCGUGAACAGAACGGACAUCUGGACAUACUGGUCAACAAUGCUUACAAAGCUGUUACAGGUAUCUUUGAAAGUGAGAAGAAGUCAUUCUGGGAACAAGACCCAGGAUUCUGGGAUGAAGUGAACAAUGUUGGAUUAAGAAAUCACUACAUCUGCUCUGUGUACGCAGCCCGGUUGAUGGUCCCGCAGAAGAAAGGUCUCAUCGUGAACAUUUCCAGUCCCGGGGGACUUCAAUACGUCUUCAACGUGGCAUAUGGCAUCGGCAAAACUGCAUGUGACCGUAUGGCAGCUGAUUGUGCACAUGAACUGAGGAAGCACAACGUGGCCUUCAUCUCCUUAUGGCCUGGUGCGGUGAAGACUGAGCUCGUCACAGACCUCCUUACAGAAAGGCCAGAAAGCGAGACCGCUAAAAUGUUUGCCAACACCGAGACAGUUGAGUUUUCUGGGAAGUCCAUAGUUCAUCUGGCAUCAGACCCAAACAUAAUGCAGAAGUCUGGUAGAAUCCUGUUCACAUGUCUGCUGGCUGAGGAAUAUGGCUUUACAGACAUUGAUGGGAAGAUGCCACUGAACCUCCGGUCAGUAAAGGACCUGAUGAUCAUCAGCGGCUUCACCGGAUUGGCUGCCUGGACUCCCGCAUUUCUCAAACUUCCUGGGUGGCUCAUCGCUGCUACUACCCACAAGUUCUAAGGGGUAAAUUUCGGUGCUUAGACUGCCUAUUCUUAACAAUA